GUUAGUCAUGCCAACAUUUCACGAAAAACACACCUAACCGAACUUCAAAAUGUAAAUUUAAUCAGCUUAAGAGUAGCAGCGGCAGGGCUUCCACAUGUUUUAAUUCAAAGUUUUCCACCUAUAUGUGUGGAAAAAACUACUGGCACAGCGUACACUCCAACCACCGACUAAACUGGAGCUAUUCGCUUCGCGCUUUCGGAGCAUAGUUUAACCGUGUAACCUUAUCUGACCUAACCUCACUGACGCGUUCGAAAGAUUUUUUUACUGUCUUGUCAUACGCAUACAGCUACACGGCUGAGUGUACGCAUAUAGUUUUUCUGUCUCGUCGUCGUCGAGUUGGGCCAUGUGGCAACAAAACAGUUCGAGAUUCGGCCGAUUUUUAUAAGUUUUUAUGUCAACAUUCCUUGUUAUUUAUUAAAUAAGUGCGUGUAGUUAGGAUAAUAUUAAGAAACCAUGGCGCCUCCAACAAAGAGCACUAAGCAAGCGACAAGAGGAGCCAAACAAAUUGUCGAAGAAAAUGUAUCCACAUUGAGCUUCUACAGAAACAUGAUUCUUGGAGCUGCUGGAACCUACCUCAUUGUGAUGAGUAUUUUCUUCGAGUUCACAACACUGCCAACACUCCUGACAAUAUUGACCGGAUUAAUAUAUGCCGGCUGUUAUCAGUUUAUGUCGUAUAUGGCCAGAGCAAAGUACACAGAAUCUGGCCAACUCAUAGAUUCUGGAGUUGAUCUCAACAUGGAAGGAGGGAUAGCAGAACACGUAAAGGAUCUUAUUAUCCUCACAUCGGGAGUUCAGGUGCUGUCUCUGGCAUCCAACUAUCUGUGGUUGCUGUGGCUCUUGGCACCUCUGAGAGCACUUUGGAUGCUGUGGUCGAACGUGAUAUCUCCCUGGAUCUUCGCCGAGCCGCCGGCUCCCACGGAAAAGGACGAGAAGAAGCAGCGCAAGCUGGAGCGCAAAAUGGCAAGACCGACUUACAAGAGCAUGUAAAAGUGGACGAUUAGAGCGCGCGAGUGAUAUGUGCAACUGGUUAGUCACGAACAUUUUUUACUUGACUCGGGUUUUUUAUAUGAUGAAUUGGCAUCUCUACUACGAUUAAACACUGUCUUAAUGUUUACACACUGAAAUACUGGUCUUCUAGUCUCAGAA